UCCCCUCCAAAUCAUGUGAUUCAGGUGUUCCAAUCCCCUCCAAAUCAUGUGAUUCAGGUGUUCCAAUCCCCUCCAAAUCAUGUGAUUCAGAUGUUCCAAUCCCCUCCAAAUCACGUGAUUCAGGUGUUCCAAUCCUCUCCCAAUCACGUGAUUCAGGUGUUCCAAUCCCCUCCAAAUCAUGUGAUUCAGGUGCUCCAAUCCCCUCCAAAUCAUGUGAUUCAGGUGUUCCAAUCCUCUCCCAAUCAUGUGAUUCAGGUGUUCCAAUCCCCUCCCAAUCAUGUGAUUCAGGUGUUCCAAUCCCCUCCAUAUCAUGUGAUUCAGGUGUUCCAAUCC